GGCUAAAACAACAAGCGCCUCCCACUCCCGCCCGCCUCCCUCACACAGUCCGGAAAGUGCUGAGACCUGAGGAGACACCUUAUAGAGCAGCCUGGGAAUUGUGUCCUACUGCCCCUGUAACCCCUCCCCCUGUGUCCCUGGCAUUGUCCCUCCCCUGCACUCACAUCUCCAGCCUGGGCUACUGGGUUCUCCAGAGAUGGAACCAAGGAGGUUAGAGGGGAAAUGGGAGAAUGAAGAGCCGGACACUGAGGAGCCUCUGCCCACAAUAAAGAGGGAAAUGGAUCCCGUUCCUGGGGCCGGUUCCCCAGAGCCACAGCCAGAAAUAUUCCAGGUAAAGAUAAAGGAAGAAGAUCUGAACCACGAGGUUCCUCUGCCCACAAUAAAGCAGGAACCUGUCCCUAUUCCUGGAGCGGGAAGUGUUCCGGCAGCCAGUUUAUGUGAUGUCCCGCUCUUGGCUCACUUGGAAGAGAAUGUGUUCAGUAGAGCUGCCCAAAUAACCCAAAAUGGCUACUGGGUGAAACCAGAAGCAUGGGGGGAGUCUGAGGACCUGGAUGGGGGGGACACAGAGGAGGAGGUAUCCCCUCCAAUAUUAGGUUGUCAGGCUGAGGAUAGAGGGGAAUGGGAUGAUUGUAGGGGGGACAGCAGCAUAAGGGAGGCCUGCAGGGGGAGCAGAGUUAGGAGGGAGUGGGAAAGGGCCAGUGGGUCUCGGGAUAGAGGGGAGGGGGAAUGGGUCUCUGAUCUUGGGGAUAGGGUGGGGUCUGUAAGGGAAAGACAGGCUAGGGAGGAGGGGAGAAUGGGUCAAGGACAGAGGAAUAGGGCAGGAGGCCACAGGGCUAUGAGGGAGAGGGAGGCAGAGGACCAGAGGAGAGAGGAGGAAGACCCUCUGGAGGGGCCGAGUGGUGAGGCUGGGAAACUGGGCCCCAGAUUCUCCUAUGAUGAGAAUGCAGCAUUAGUGGAGUGUGUGCUGGACCGAUGGGAUGAGUUGUUUGGGAGCCAGUCGCAUGGGAUCACUCGCGUCAGGAGAAAGCACCUCUGGCAGGAAGUAGCCGACCAUGUGAGCCGCGUCGGUGCUUACCAUCGGGAGGCUGCCACCACCUAUAAGCGCUUCAGCGACGUGAAACGGCGCGUCCGAGAGAAGUUAUUGGUCCGGAGGAAGAAGAUCCAGAUGGCUGGCAGAGAGUCCCUCAAACCAAUCAACCUAAAGGGGUAUGAGCGCCGCCUCCUGGAACGCAUUGGCCAAGAGCUGUGUGAGGGGAUAGAGGCGGAAUAUCUGGAGGCUGAUGUGAGACGUUCACUUCGCUGCUACUCCCCGGCAUUCAGGGAUGAACCCUCAGUUGGGGGACCUGCAGAGUCAUGUGAGCAGGUUGAGCCCCAGGAUGGGGAUGGGGCAGAGGUCCAGGCACCCCUAGAGCCAUAUGACGAGCAGGUCGGGACGUUCAUGGAUGAGCCUGUGCGGGCAUUCAAUGUGCAGCAGCCCGAGUAUGCUGCUGCUGAAAGGGCUGAACAUUGCCCGGGACGCGGAUUAGGUGAACCAGCUGCACCAAGGGUCCCACCAGGGGUCCCACCAGGGGUCCCGGGAGUUUUCGAAAGCUUGCAUGGGUUUUUUCAGACUAUCAUGACGCGACAGCGGCGCCAAGAGGUCCACUUCCGCCGAUGGAUGGCCCGCGUCGAUGGGCACUUGAACAGCAUUUGUACGGCCAUGCAGAACCUGGGCGACGGGCUACAGACCAUUGCGGCUGAGCUCCGGGAAGCUCGCUUGGAACAUCAUACAAGCUCCAAAACCUUCAACAAUGCCCUUUUGGCAAUCCUGGGGCAGGUAAUAGCACAUCCGCUGGCUGAAGGGAACGGAGCUACAGGGCACAUAGAUAGAGCAGGCCCCGGACCCUCUUCUGCUGCUCCUCCUCCUCCCUCAAGGGAUGACCAACCGCGCAGGGGAAGGGGGGCGCACCGAGUGCGUGGGUAUAAGAGAAAGCGGCAGUAGAUGUUUCACUAUUUGCCAACUUUAUGUAUAACACAUAGGGAUGCACCAAAUCCACUUUUUGGGGAUCUGGCCGACCCUGAGUCCUUUCUGAAAGAUCCGGCCGAAUACCAAACCAGAUCCCAAUUAGGCCACGGAAGGGUUAAAAAGAAGCGUGCAGUGAAGAAUUUUGAUCUUCCCUGUGACAAAAAGUCACCUUAUUUGAAGGAUUUGGAUUCAGUUCGGCUGAAUCCUGAUCCUACUGAAAGAAACCGAAUCCUGGAUUUGGUACAUCCCUAAUAACAAAGUUAAAAUUGCAAAGUGACAUUUGCUAAAUUAAAGGGGUGAGGGCCUCGGAAUUUUUUUUCUUUGCCGAUCUUUUUAGUAGUUCCUCCUCUGGGUCAGCAAAUCAGGAUAGAAUGUAGAUCAGCGCCACAGGCUGUGGAAAAAACAGAUAACGGAACCCAGCGGGAUAUAGUCAACACUCGGUACAAACAGCAACACAACUGUGUGUGUGUCCAGACCCAUAGGAAGUCUAUGCACAGAUUUUUCUGCCUGUAGUGCUGUAGUGCUGUCUCCAAAAAUAAAAUGAAAUAAAAGAA